AGGACAUGACUUGUUGAGCAACCGGUGUGGAUUAAAUACACGUCCCAUGGUUAAACUGACGCCACAUCUUCACAAUGUUGUCUUGCAAACGGAACUUGGCCAACAUUAUGGUCUCUGCACGGCGGGUUCUUCGCAGUGAUCAAGUUGUUGUCUCUGGCUGUGUGCGGAGGUGUCUGUCCACACAAACAGACGGAGAGGUACGCAUCACAGAGAUACUGAAGGAGAAGUUUCCGUUAGCCUCGUCGCUCAAAGUUGUGGACAUAUCAGGUGGCUGUGGGGCCAUGUAUGAGAUCCAUAUAGAGUCCAGUGAGUUCAAAGGAAAAAGGACCAUUCAGCAACACCAACUAGUUAACCAGGCACUCAAGGAGGAGAUUCAAGGAAUGCACGGACUGCGAAUAUUCACUGAUGUUCCAAAACAUUAGAGAGAGAAAUGCCCUUCCACAGCUGACCUCCAGCCUUUUCCUUUGCUCAGCAUAUCUAAUGUAAAUGUACAGUUUUAAAAAGGAUAUUGUUAAAUAAAUGAACUCCAUGAUAAUUGUUGAUGUGCAGGUGACAGAAAAGCAGAGGGACAUGGUCUCUGGCGGUUGCACAUUGGCAGUGCGGCAUGGGUCAGAAAAGUGAGAUUACACUAAAUUAUCAUUUUUUUAUAAAGAAGUUGGAUAUUCUCUACUCUGAGAUAUAAUAUACAACCAGUGAAGGCUGCAAUACGCACAAAGCGACUUGGUGAAAUGCUUGUGAAUUGUCAAGUCAUGUAGGUUUCUUCCCAAUUUUGGGGCCUCUCAGGUUUGAUGAUGUUGCUGGUGUAAUGAUAAGCAGGUGAAGUAAUACAUACAGCCAUCUCUAUUAUGAAUGGAGAAUUGCUACAGACCCAAAGUCAGUUUGUGAAGACUGUUUUGUAAUGUUAUGAACGCAAUUUGUGUUACCCUCCCACGAAAGAUUUGCCGUUUGCUUUUAAAUUGAUUACAAACCAUUGUAAUGUAUGUAGUCUUUGAAAAUGUUAGUUAAGCAGCUGCUCCCCCACACACACACACACACACUUUCUUACUUGAUCGAAUAAAGAAAGCCAUAGUAAUCCUAGAAUCAGUUGUUACAUGUAAUUAAAUAAAUCUUGGUGUGCGCAAGCCA